GUUGCUACGGAUAUCCGCAGUGACGAUCGAUUGUAGUUUGCGACCCCUCUCGAGCUGGCUGCCCCCCCUGCUGCUGCUGCUGCUGCUGCUGCCUUCCACACCCCCCUCGCCCUCCAGUCUGCGCGCUGCCGCCGCCCAUAAAGUAGACACCGCCCAUCCCCGCCGCCAAGACGCCCGCCAUGGUCCGCAUCAUCCCCAAUCGUCUCAAGCCUGGCCACUCCGCCAACACAAUGUCCAAUUCCACGUCCAACAGCCGCAGCGCGAGCCCAAUGCGGAGCAAGGGCGACUCGGCAAGCCCCGAGGGCCGCAAGGACACGGGGCUGGCUCUGGACGUGAAUAUCCUACGGGCUAGAGAUCUUGCUGCCAAGGACAGAGGAGGCACCUCGGAUCCCUACCUCGUGCUCUCCUUGGGCGAAGCCAAACAUAUUACACACGCGGUGACCAAGUCUCUGCACCCGGACUGGAACGAACAGUGUCAGCUCCCCAUCAAUGGCGUCCAGAGCCUGCUCCUCGACGUGUGCUGCUGGGACAAGGACCGCUUCGGCAAGGACUACCUUGGAGAAUUCGACCUGGCCUUGGAAGAGAUAUUCUCGGCUGACGAGAAGCCCGAGCAGCCCCCUAGGUGGUUCCCGCUCAAGAGCAAGAAGCCAGGCAAGAAGACGAGCGUCGUCUCGGGCGAGGUUCUGUUGCAGUUCUCGCUCGUGGAUGUCCAGAACAAGGACGCAACCCCCCAGCAGGUCUUUGAGAAGUUUUCUGCCAUCGCAAAGUUGGUCCCGGCCAUCGAGUCGGCGUCGCGAAACCCCACCCCGACUCGGACCCCUAUUCUGGCUCCCGUCGGCAGCAUGACGAAGUCCCAGUCACCGUCCCCCCCGCCCGGUAGGCGCCAAGGCGACCAUGACGACGACGAUGACUACGAAAUGUACGAGGACGAGACUCCGGACGACGAGGACUCCACAAAGCCCGAGGCCAUCGAGAAGAGAAAGAGGAGACUACGGAUUAGGGGGCUGAAGCGCAAGAAGAGAGACAACCCGUACGAGUUCCUCAACGGCGGCAGCGACGUGGUCGGCAUCAUCUUCCUCGAGAUUGGCAAAAUCACCGACCUGCCUCCCGAGUCCAACCUGACCAAGACGAGCUUCGACAUGGAUCCCUUUGUGGUCGCGUCGCUCGGCAAGAAGACGUAUAGGACCAAGAUGAUCCGGCACAACCUGAAUCCCGUGUUCAACGAGAAGAUGAUCUUUCAGCUCCUCAGCCACGAGCAGACGUACUCGUUCUCCUUUACCGUCAUCGACCACGACAAGUACUCGGGCAAUGAUUUCAUCGCGUCCGUCAACCUGCCACUCAAAGAAAUCCUCGAAAAGUCGCCCAAGGCCGACCCCGAUACCGGCCUGUACAACCUGAAGGAUGUUCCCGAGUACACUCCGGUGCAACGGCCCCGAUUUAUGAGAUUGGGCAUGUCCCGGACCUCGUCGGCCCAGAGCCUAAGCAAGCUUGCCAGGCCGGCACUCUCCAAGAACCCUUCUGUUACGACGGCCGCAUCGACGGCGGCUUCAACGGCGACGAACACGCCUGCCGCCACGCCCGGCGUUGGCUCUGCUUCCAAGCCCCCGUUUGACGGCACACCAGACGGCGGUCCACAGGCCUUGAAUAAUCCAGGACUCCUCCAGCCGUCGGGCGGUGAUGGCGUGGCCGCGGCAGCUUCCACUCUUGGCGAGAUGGCGCCGCCCGACGGGGAUGAUCCGGAUUUCAUCCCCAUCUCGCUCCCGCUGAAGAUGAAAAAUCUGGAAAAGUGGGAAGACAAGCACAAUCCCCAGCUUUUCAUCCGGGUCAAGUACAUGCCGUACCCGGCACUUCGACAGCAGUUCUGGAGGGCAAUGCUGAAGCAAUACGACGCCGACGAGAGUGGGCUCAUCAGCAAGGUCGAGCUGACAACCAUGCUUGACACGCUCGGUUCGACUCUGCGCGAGUCGACCAUCGACAGCUUCUUCCAGCGCUUUCCCCACAAGGCAACCGAGGGUGACGAUGGCGAAGACCUGACUAUGGACGAGGCCGUCAUCUGCCUGGAAGACCAGCUCGAAGCAAAGACGAGACAGCCUCAGAGCAUGACGGAGCGCGUGAAGAACCUACUACCUGACGCCGACAAGGUGAAACCCCUACUCUCUGUGUCCGGGAUAAGCUCGAGCUCGGGAACGGAAUCUUCCGGCUCCGAGACCCCCACCGAGUCGCAAUUGACCGACGCGUCAACCAUUGCUGUUCCUGAGCUCAGCACCCCUGGAGAGGAAGGCGAGCUUCUGGACCGGGAAGACUUGAACACGGGCAGCAGCGAGGAGCACGUAGUGGAGAUUCGGGAGUGCCCCAUCUGCCACCAGCCGCGCCUAAACAAGCGCAAUGAUGCCGACAUCAUCACCCACAUUGCAACUUGUGCGAGCCAAGACUGGCGACAGGUCAACAACCUUAUGAUGGGCGGGUUCGUCACGUCCAGUCAGGCGCAACGCAAAUGGUACUCCAAGGUCAUCACCAAGAUCUCGUACGGCGGCUAUAAACUUGGCGCCAACUCUGCAAACAUCCUCAUCCAAGACCGCAUCACCGGCCAGAUCAGCGAGGAGAAGAUGAGCGUCUACGUCCGCCUGGGCAUCCGCCUGCUGUACAAGGGUCUCAAGGCCAACAAUAUGGAAAAGAAGAGGAUUCGUAAACUUCUCAAGAGCCUUAGCAUCAAGCAGGGCAAGAAGUACGACGACCCGGCAUCGAAGGCAGAAAUUCCAUCCUUUAUCAAGUUCCACGGACUUGAUAUGUCGGAGGUGCUGUUGCCCAUGAGCGAGUUCAAGAGCUUCAAUGAGUUCUUCUACCGAGCGCUGAAGCCUGAUGCCCGGCCCUGCUCCGCGCCCAACAACCCGCGCAUUGUCGUAUCACCUGCCGACUGCCGGUCCGUUGUCUUCAACCGCAUCGACAUCGCCACCAAGGUAUGGGUCAAGGGCCGCGAGUUUAGCAUCAAGCGCCUGCUCGGUGAUGCCUACCCCGAGGACGUCAGCCGCUAUGGCAAUGGUGGCGGCCUCGCCAUCUUCCGCCUCGCCCCCCAGGACUAUCACCGCUUCCACAUUCCCGUCGACGGCAUCAUGCGCCAGCCAAAGACCAUUGCUGGCGAGUACUACACGGUGAACCCAAUGGCCAUUCGCUCAGCGCUCGACGUAUACGGCGAGAAUGUCCGUGUCCUGGUUCCUAUUGACAGCCCCGAGUUUGGCCGCGUCAUGGUCGUUUGCAUCGGCGCCAUGAUGGUUGGCAGUACUGUCAUCACGCGCAAGGAGGGCGAGGAGGUCAAGCGCGCUGAAGAGUUGGGGUACUUCAAGUUUGGCGGCAGCACCCUGGUCGUGCUGUUCGAGGCCGGAAAGAUGGUGUUUGACGAUGACUUGGUGGAUAACUCGACCGGAGCUCUGGAGACUUUGAUUCGUGUCGGUAUGUCUGUUGGCCACGCGCUGAAUGAGCCGGCAUGGAAGCCCGACAUGCCCAAGAACGAGGACCAGGUCACAGAGGCCGACAAGCAGGAUGCGAAGCGCCGCAUCCAAGGCGCGCAGGCCGAGGAGUCGCCCGAAGACAGCGGUGGCGACGACAUCUCAUCCAUGAAUGUCCUACAGUCGGGCGUGACAGCAACAGCCUCGAUAGCAGAGUGAACGAGAAACGAAAUCCUUGCCUCUGUCGGCUGAUGCCGUCCUUGGGGGGGUUUAUUCUUGCCAUGAAUGUUUGUUUCUCUCUGUUUAUCGUUGUCCCUUGUAGGAUCUCUGAACCAAAAUAAAACGAGUAAGAAUAUGAGGAAAGGCUAUCUAUCUGAGUAAAGAACACAAAAUAAAUCAAACCAAUUAUCUUUGCAGUGCUCUCUGCAUCGUGAAGAGAAACACAUAGGUAUCAGGAGAUCGAUGUCAUGUAGAUCACUGAGUUGCGGGUUAGGUGUUGUACGUCGGGUGGGCAGGUAGGUGGUGAUAUCUUCUUGUUUUGCUUUGUUUUGU